AUGAAUGAUUGGCUUUCGCUGAAGAACAAAAGAAGCUGCAAACCCGGCGACGAGCUGGGUCUUAUAUACCCUGGAAGCAUGCCUCCUUCAUUGCGCAAGUCAUUCUUGUCAACGAACGCAUUAGACCUAGCUGGGAUUGGUCUAAUGCAGCCUGCAUGGGUCGACAAUGGGUGGCACCUGGAGUCAUCAAUCUCUAACGGCCCAUCAAGGCUAGGAGGCACUAAAAUAGAUGGGUUGACGCGGCAUUUCUUAAUCGAACUUGGCUUUGAACUUGGGCCCGAGCCUAUCGCGGAGCGCCCCAUUUUGGCAACUGAUAUUCUUACAGUCGUUGAUCUUCAAGCUUCUUCACGGGAGAUUUCCAUCCCCGUCCCUUGUAUGACGGAAGCAUAUGGAUUAGGUUGGGCCAAUUCGCUGCAGGCACAAACCAGGGGCCCAUGGGCCGCGAUCCGAGCGAGCGCCCACGGAGGAUUGAAACACCACCAAUCUCAGUGCCCCUUUCUGGCAGUGCAUAGCGAUUCCAAGAUGCCGAUCAAUUCCCGUUACGUUGGUACGGGGCAUGCCAUUCCCCACCCGGCGUCGCCAGGUCCGGCGUUACAGAGCGUACCAGGGAUUGCAUUAGCGGUCACCCUUAAGGAACGGCGUGACGAGUUCUAUGGCCAUAGAAAUGAGGAACGGAGAAACGGAAUGCAGCUUUUUCUUUCCUUCCGAGAGGUGCCUCGAAGCUUGGUUCUAUUCGAGUUAGUAGUCUCAGUCAACUCCGCAUCAGAGAAGGAAGUCUGCUCCAUAGGCCCCUUUCGCCUUGGACUAAGGCCUAGGCCUUGGCUGAAGAUGUUGACAGGUACCACUCUUAAUCUACGCCAGAUAAUGAAUCCAUUUGACAGACCGCAAGUAUUCCAUGUUGGUCGGAAAUGGCAGCCUCCAAUCAAAACAGCAACUUGCAGUAAUUGCUCAGACGGCUUCCCGAAUGAUUGGCAGACACAACGUAUCCAUCGGUAUGCAAUUACCCUGACCGACCCUGACCGGAGUAUGUCCGACAAAUCAAUAUUGGUCCUGUCACUUAAGCUCCACCGUAUCAGCAUAAAGGCAACAUCAGUAGAAGGAGGUAUUGUAGUUGCCUGGUGGGCUCGGGAUAAUAGCCAGUCCCAGUGGGAAGUGGACUAG